AUGGUUCAAUGCUGUGUUGCCUCGGCUACGGCUUUAGAGCUCCGACCCGGGGCCUUGGAUCCGGAUCUUACCCCGGAUCUCAAUCUGGUAACUAGCCUGAACGCCGGACUACCGAAUCCCCACACAGACACCGAUCUGGCCUAUGACCUAAAAGAGGAGGCAAAAAAACGUCGACAACUGCAGGAUUUGAACCUACGCGGGAAAUCCCAAUUGAUGACGAGUCUAGACGAUUCGAGUCAAUCGCCUUAA